CGGUCCCCCGGUUUCUGUGCGCGUGCCUUCCUUUGUGAAGGACGGGAGGACUUGGCUUUGCCGCCUAAGUCUAACCGAACCUCUCAAGUCAUCUGGGGCUUCCCCAACAAGACCUCGAGCCAUGACCGAGAAGCAGGAAUCUGCCGAAGUCUUCGCAGACGAGGCCGGAAUGAAGGCCGGCUCAAUUGGAGAGAAGGCGGCAGCGGAGGACGGCGGCUUGCGCAGAAGGGCAGAAAAGUUGCAUGAGUUCCACGAGUCCGAGGGCUACCUCAUCGACAUCGACAGCGAAGAUGCGUCCAGGGCGGCAGGACUCAAACUCGCCAAGGACGGCCGCACCGUCUUAAUCCCACAGCCCAGCGACGAUGUCAACGAUCCUCUGAACUGGAGCUGGGCCAGGAAACACCUGAUGCUCUUCAUUGUUGCGUUUGUUUCCUUCUUCCCGGACUAUGGCAGUGCAACGGGCGCCGUGACCCUGAUCCCGCAGGCAGCGGAGUGGGGCAUGACGCCGGACUAUGUCAACCACUCGCAGGCUGGCAACGUCUUCAUGCUUGGCGCUGGCGGCGUUGUCGUCGUCAUGCUGAGCGCCUUUUUUGGCCGCCUCCCGGUGGUUUUCUGGUUCCUACUCAUCUCCACGGCCACGGCGGCGUGGUGCGCCGGAGCGACGUCGUUCGAGUCGUUUAUGGCGGCGCGCAUCCUCAACGGCUUCUUCUCGACCGUAUGCCAAUCCGGCGGGCUCAUGUUUGUCAAGGACAUUUUCUUCUUCCACGAGCAGGCGCGCAAGAUCAACAUCUGGGCCUCAUUCAUCAUCAUCAGCCCCUACAUGGGUCCCCUACUGACCGCUUUCAUCACCGACAAGCUGCGCUGGCCGGUGGCGUUUUGGGUGUUCUUCGCCAUGAACGCGCUUGGCUUGGUCUUGGUGGUAUGCUUUCUGGACGAGACAUACUAUGACCGCAGCAUCCCGGCCGCGGAACAGCCGCCGCGGGGCAGCCGAGUCGCGCGCUUAGUUGGCGUUUCGCAAUGGAGGUCGCGGCACCUUCGCAACACGUUCACGCAGGCGUGCUGGCGCACAAUCCGAGUGUUGUUGUUGCCGACGGUGGCCCUGUCGUGUCUGUUCUAUGCACUCACCUUCGCCUGGGUCGUCGGCAUCAACACGACGCUCUCGCUGUUUGUCACGCCGCUCUACGGCUUCGGGCCGAAGCAGAUCGGCUUCUUUUACUUCACGCCGGUGGUGGCGGUGAUCCUGGCCGAGGCGGCAGGCCACUGGCUGCACGAUGCGCUGGCCAAGCAAUACAUCCGGAGGCACAAGGGCCACUUCGAGCCCGAGGUCCGGCUCCGCGCCGUGUUCUUCUCGGCGCCGCUGAUGAUCGUCGGGCUCGUGCUGCUCGGGCAGUGCUUUGAGAACGCGUGGCACUACAUGGUGACGAGCGUGUGCUGGGGCCUGUACGUGUUCGGCAUCAUGAUUGCGACGGUGGCGCUCAACAGCUACUGCCUCGACAGCUACCCGGAGGCGUCGGGCGAGGUGUCGGCGUGGCUGAACUUCUCGCGCACCAUCGGCGGGUUCAUCAUCAGCUACUUCCAGGUGAGCUGGGCCGAGGCGCAGGGCACCAAGGCCAGCUUCGGGAUCCAAGCUGCGGUGUGCGGCGCUGCGUUGGUGUUGAUCGUUGUGCUUUUGUGGCGGGGCAAGUCAAUGCGCAUCUGGGCGGGACCGUUGAACUUUGCAACGACCUGAGAAUCGUUGGAUGCAUUCGAUAGAGGUGCCGGGUAAUUAGAGAGGCAGGACGGAGAGGGGACGGAGGCUGAAUGGUGCGCACUGUGCAUCGCUUCAGAAUAAGCCAACCCAGGGUCUCAUCGCCGCGUGCAUGUGCCAGCUGCAUUUGGAGAACGGUCGAGUCGCUUGU